AAUUUGAACCAAACACUGGAAUUCAUCCACCAGAAGAACGUUAUCCUCACGGCCUCGAUGAUUUGGCCGAUCCUGCUAAACCUUCGAGAAAAUUACCUGUCCACGGAAGGACGAGACGAGAGUACGUUCGCCGUGGACACAGUACGGGAAUUCAAGAGGGCAGUAUCGCAGAGGCUUGCGGACAUAUUUCCCCAGGAAGGUGAAGUUUUUGAGACCCUACAGAUCUGCAGCCUUAUUGAUCCCCGCUUCAAGGCGCGAUUACAAGAAGAAGGUUCUGGACCAGCCAAACUCCUGAAAGCAAAGGUACGUCCAGGCUUUCUGGGUACUCCUACUUGUCGUUUUAUAGUAGUGAUGCUCAAGCACUUCGGGACAUACCUCUCUCAAUGUGGAGCCAACGAACACGUUUCAGGCCUAUUUUUGCACAAACCGGACACUUCUUGUGAGCCUACCAAUGAACACGGUCCAGUGAAUGCGACAAAUCCCUUUCAACCUAAACUGGAUCAGCUAUCGGAUGAAGUUAUGGUUCAUACUCCUGCCGAGUCCCUGAACUCCUCUGAAGUUCUACCCUCCCCCCCGUACCCCACAUAA